CUCGGAUCGAUCAGACCCAGCUCCGCCGCAGCCAUGGCCGCCUUCUUCUCUGCCUCCGGCCGCCGCCUGCUCUCCACCGCCGCCGCUGUCUCUGAGUACGCUGUCCCGAUAGCCCGCAUCCGCAACCUCGCUCGCGCCGGCCGUCUCACCGACAUCGACGCCACCGUCGCGCCGCUCAUACAGGCGCACCCCAAAGCUGUAAUCUCCGCCCUGUCCGUGGUCGGUCUCUCCGACCAGGCCUCCGCCAUCCUCUCCACCAUCCCGUCGCCCACCUCCGAGCUCCUCAACGCUCUCCUGGGCCCACUCCUCCGCCGCCGCCGCCACGCCGAGCGCGUACCCGGUCUACUGAACGCGCACCCCUCCGCGCCGCGCAACGCCGUCACCUGGUCCAUCCUCGCCAAGUCACUCUGCAUCACCAAAGGCGCCGACGAAGCGGUGUACCUCCUCCACGGGGAGGAGCCGCCCUCCCUCCACCUUUACACGGCCAUCAUCGACUCCUACUACAAGGAGAAGAAGCCCCACCGCGCCGAAGAGCUGUGGCGCGACAUGGUCGACAAGCACGGCAUCAAGCCCGAUGCCGCCGCCUACAACGUCAGGAUCACCUACAAGUCCACAGCCGGCACGGUUGAGGAGGUGAAGGAGCUGAUCCGGGCCAUGCACGAGGAGGCAGGGAUCCAGCCAGAUGCUGUCUCCUACAACGGGCUGAUCCGGGUGCUGGGGCGGCACAAAAGGGUGGACGAGGCCCUGGAGGUAUACAGGGGCUUUCAGGAGAAGGUGGGAGCAGAGGGGAAUACUGAGGCCAAGUCGACGCCGGAUUGCUCGACUUACACUGCCAUGGCCCGUGCACUUUGCAACGCCGAGAGGUGGUCAGAAGCCGAGGACGUGUUCUACGAGGGGGUGAAGCGCCGGAAGGUGGUGGAACUGGGCACGGUGCGGAAGCUGGUGGUGGGUCUCAAUAAGGCUGGCAAGGGGCGGGCAGCAAGGCGUGUGGUGGUUGGGCUGCGCAAGAAGUUCCCUGACCACUUCAAUGGUCCAUGGCAGGAGCUUGAGAAGGAUGCCGGCCUCACGCCGGGUGCCAGCAACGAAGAGGAGGACGCAGAAGAGGACGAGCAGCAGCCAGCAAAGACGGCGGCCACCGCGUGAACAUUCACAUCUAGACUCGGAGUUACUCGAACAUUGGAACGUUCUUCAGAAAGGACAGGUUCGAGGAGCUCUGCACCGGGUAAAGGAUAGAUUGAGGAAAGUGGUAAAGGAUGUUUUUGGUUGUUGGCAUGGUGACGAGAAGGAUAUGUGAUGGCUGAUACUAUUUCUGGAGAAAAGUAAUCAACCACAAUAUGCUUCUGCUGGGUUGCUCUCUACUAUGUGUAUGAUCAAAAGAAGAGUGAAAGUAAAACUGUUGCUGUCUUUUAGCUUUCUGAAGUUUUGAAGGCUGUUUGAUUUGGGAGUGAUUUCCUAUCUUACCUAGGUAGAUUUGAAGACUGUGUUUCUAUCUUAUAUAGGUUGUAAUGUUUGUGUCUGGCGUUUGUAUUGGCGUCAAUGUGCGUAAGAGGGUUGUUGUGUAA